AUGGAGAUUUCUCGGAGAGAAUCCUAUAGGAUCCUAGAAGUUUCUGAAGGAUCCAGUAAAGAUGAAAUCCGCUCAGCUUACAAACGACAGGCCCUCAAAUGGCACCCCGACAAACACCAAAAUUCUCCAGAGGCCACAAAGAAAUUUCAACAGAUAAGCUCGGCUUAUGAGAGGCUAAUGAAGCCUGAGGCGAUUGAAGUUAGUCUUACCAUGGAACAGAUGUUUGAUUUAUUUGCACACGUCUUUUGUGGAAAUAGAGGAGGUUUCUCCAAUGGCUUUUACAGUUUUGCUGAUGAUACAGACAGUGAUAGCAGCACUGAUUUUUCCUACAGACCUAAUGCUUUUAGAGACAACAAGUCAAGCAGAGAGAAAGAUAAUUCAAGUCCACCAAGUCCACCUGUCACUGAGGCUGAAAGGCGCCAAGCAGAGUUACGGAAAGAGGAGGAAAAACUAAAAAAACAGAAAGAAAAGCGGAGAGAGCGGAAGAAAAGAAGGAAAGCAAAGAAAAAACAGGAGAAAGAGGUUCGAUACGGUGGCGGUGAUAACAAGAAGAAAGGAAAGAAAGAAGUCGUUCCAGAAUCAUCAGAGGAUGAGGAGGAGGAAGAGGAAGAAGAGGAGAUUAUAACAAAUAAAGAAAAUGUACAAGCAAAUUCAUUAAAUGGAGAUUCAACAGCAACCUCCCACAUUGACAAGUCUUCCAAGGCCCAAGACGUCAACGGCGAAAGAUCAGCCGACGACCAUUCCCAGACCAAUAUAAACUCACACUUUGAAAGCAAUUCCAACCAUCGAAAGGAGGUCCAUGACGGCCAUCAGCAGGGGGAAGGAGACGGCGGGAGAGGGAGAGAAGGUGUAGUAGAAAGAGGAGGAGGCGACGGCGAUGGAGCCAAGCCGACGGAGGGAAGGAAAACACAGACAAAGACCAAAAAAGCUGCAGGAAACCCCAAUAUACACAAUCCUGGGAUGUCGGAUUCAGAAAGCGAUGAAGAAACCCAAGGUCUAGAUAUGAACAGUGCCUUUUUUGCCCGAGCUGCCAGCGGUGUGGCCAAAAAACAGAACCCUGCCCCUGCUUCAAAGACCAAAAAGAAAGGGAAAGGAAGAAAAGACGAAUCUGAAUCCUUAGAGGAUAUGGAUCCACAGACUCUUGAAAGCAGAAAGUUAGCAGUGAAAGGCAAUGAGAUGGCCAGCGAGGGAAACUACCAUGCAGCUAUCAAAUUUUUCUCAAAAGCAAUAGACCUAAAUCCAUUGGAUUUCAGGUUCUUUGGAAAUCGCUCUUUUUGUUAUGAUCAUUUACAAAUGUAUGACCAUGCAUUGAGUGAUGCUGACCAAGCAAUCCUCUUGGACAAGACAUGGCCAAAGGGUCACUACCGAAAAGGCCGUGCCUUGAGUGGUCUUAAACUUUAUACAAAUGCAGAGGCAUCCUUUGAGCAUGUCUUGAAACUUGAUAAAAACUGUGCUGAAGCGAUCCAAGAGCUGAGGACAGUCAGAGUCUAUCGGCUUAUGGAAAUGGGUUUUGGUGCGCAACAAAGCGAAGAAGCUAUCUUACAAUUUGACACAGUGCAAGCCGCACUGGAAAACCUACUCGCACAAGGGGAUCUACCCGUCAAUGGGGAAAUGGAUGAAGUUUACGUGUCGGAUGAUGAAGAUUACAUAACCCAAACCAUUCAAGAGAGCAAGCUCGACUCAAGAAAUCCUGAAAAUUUGAAAUCCUUGUGGAUAGGUAAUCUACAACCAACAGUUUCCGAAAAGGAAUUGAAGGACCUUUUUAAACCAUUUGGCGAGGUCUCCAGUAUGAGACGAAUGCCGGAAAAGUUUUGUGCCUUUGUAAAUUACAGGGACCCGAGAAUGGCCAGCAGAGCUAUGGACAAACUACAGGGUCAAGAAGUGCACGGGAAGCAGCUACUGAUAAAAUUCCCAGACAACCCUAUAGAACAACAAACCGCUGGCACUCCAGUCAACGACCACCAGGAGUUUGUGGACAUGCGCUACAAGAACCUGAUCCUCAGGAAACCACAGGCGCCGAUGUCGGCCAGCAAAGUCAACAACAACAACAAUGUUAACAAGAAACCCAAGCAGCAAAUAGACCCAGCGUUCAAGAUGUCUGGACCAGUAAACGGUGAUGAAUGUUACUUCUGGAGAACCACAGGUUGCUGGUAUGCUGAGCGUUGCCGCUACAAACACCUCCCAGAAUCCAAGGGCGUCGACAGGAAGUAAUUGCGCCCUCCACAGCCCGAGGUUGAAUGUCGUUUGACAACAAAGAUUCAAGAGUGGAAGCUUUUUUUUUUAACAUCCCAUACGUGAAAAAAAAAAUCACUUACGGGAUAAAACUUGACAGACAUUGGACAAAAAAGUCCUUUUUUUAUAUAUAAAUAUGUAGACAUUAAUAUAAAACAGGGGUCUUAGAAGAACAAAAUGACACACCCCGACUUGACUUUUUAUAUUAGUGGGAUCGUUUUCUUCCUUUAAAGAAUGCUUUUGCUCUACUGAGCAGUGGAAAAAGAGAAACUUUUGAGCAAUGUUUAUGAACGAGUUAGAGGAAGAAGUUGUUUGGAGAGAACCAAGCGACAGCGCCAAACAGGGCAAGCAGAUGACUCAUCUGAAUAUGGCACGUGAGACCUUUAUUGAAGGACAACUGCAGAGAAGGUGAAGAAGAAAUAUCAACUUCAAAGUCAAAUCAGAACUGCAAUGGCUGUAGUACAAAGUUCAUAUAAUAAAGUUAUCCUAUGGGGAGUUGAAUAGAGGAAGAUGUCUGAUUAUGAAAUGAUAUUUACUAUUUAAUUAACUGUAAUUUCUCGACAUGUGAUAGUGUGAUCGCUAUCUUUUUAUUCCAGACCAAAAUUGUGCUCCUCCAGCUAAUAAGUGAAGGAUCUCGCAUCAAUCAACCUUGUGUAAACGUGUACCGGUUUUAAUAUGUGCAGAUUGAAACAUACUAAUCCAAUGGUUUUGUAAGAAUUUCCUUCCCCAGACAUGCAUAAUCCUAAUUCGAUUAGCAAGAAGUGGCUGAAUAUAUUCAACCAAGCAAUUAACGUCUAUCAUUUUUGCCAAGUCAAAUUAUUUGUUUGGUUGAAGUUGAGCACACAGGCAAGACAUGAAAUCAUCAUAUGCAGAAAUGGACGUUAUUCAUAAAUUCUCCCUACUGCCAGUACAAUAUUAGCCAAUUUAAAGGGGAAGUUCACCCUGAAGAAAUGUUUGUUGUAAAAUUGGAGAAAAAAAAAAAUAUAUUGAUGAAGGUUUGAGGAAAAUCCGUUUGAGAUUAAGAAAGUUAUUAGAAUUUUAAGUUUUGGAUUUGUGAUGUCAUAAACGAGCAGGUGCCCCAUAUGUUAUAUAAAAUGCAUGGAUUUUAUUUUUUUAAUGGUUCCUGAUGACUUAUUCUUUCUUUCUUUUCAUGAUCGGGUGUGAAAUUAUUUGUCUAUUGAUAUACAAAAGGUACAGUAAAAACCAUUUUCAAAUUUCGGAGAAAAUAACAUUUCAUUGACUUUUUUUACCAUUCGCUAUGUAAGAAUGCUGCUCGCAUAUGACGUCACAAAUCAAAUAAUUGAAAUUCUAAGAACUUAAUUCUCUGAUGGAUUUAUCUCAAACCUUUGGCAAUAUUUUUUAUUAUUUUUUCUACUAUUUUUACAAUAAACUUUUUGUCAGGGUGAACUUUCCCUUUAAAGUGGGUGAUGAAUCUCUUUUUACAGCAGCAAGAUUAUAAGCUGAUGAAAGAAUACGGAGAUUAAUAAGUAUCCAACAUUUU